AGAGACAAGUUGGACCGAGUCUGUUGGUUUUAAUGUUGUUUAAUCAGUUUAUUUAUCCAGAACCUUCCAGGUUAUUCCAGGUUUCUCCAGGUGGCUCUUCAGGCCCGCCCCUCCUCCUCCACAGACAUCAGACCCUCACUCUGGUGAUCACUCCGCCUGCGCGCGCCCUGAUUGGCUGCGUGGACGUUUUCACGUGGAGCCUGCGUGGGUCCGUUGAAGUGGAGCCUGAAACGCGCAGCGGCUCCUAGUUGCUCUGACAGCGCAGCGCAGCGGGGCUCCAGGCGGCUCCAGGCGGCUCCAGGCGUGUCGGUGGGGACGGAACCGCGACCGGCAGGUGUUGGUCAGAACCUGCUCCAGCGCUCUGUGCAUGUUUCCUCUGGAGAUCGACAUGCCGAUGGACGUGACCAUGCCCCUCUACCUGUCCAAGGAGGAGUUCGCCUUCACCACCACCUCUACGGUACAGAAGUCGGCCCGAAGCUCCUGCCUGAGGUUCCAGCACACAACCUGUGUGAACAAAACUGAGCGUGAAGAUGGCGCCGUCACCAGCAAAGACGCGAAAAAAAAGAAGCGUGUUACGUUUGCCGACCACAAAGGUCUGUCCUUAACCAAGGUGAAGAUCUUCUCCAAGUUCACAGACCCCAUAGAAAUCCCUGUGAACAUUCAGGAAAUGCUGAGCUCCAAGCUCACGCUGUCGUCCACGGAGGAGGACAAACUGGUGCUGGAUUUCACUCAGCCCUCCUCCGACUACCUGCUGUUCCGGCAGAACCUGGAGCAGAACCUCGUGAGCCUGGAGCAUUGCGUGCUGAAGGAGAAGGCCUUUGCAGGAACCGUUAAAGUAAAAAACGUAUCGUUUGAAAAGUCCGUGAUGGUUCGGGUGACCUUUGACUCGUGGAAAAGCCACACGGAUGUCAGCUGUGAAUACGUGAAGGACACGUACCCGACCUCGUACAGCGACACCUUCUCCUUCGAGGCGUCUCUGCCCGCCGAGAUGUGGCCCAACGAGCAAGUCGAGUUCGCCGUGUGCUACAAGGUGAGCGGGAACGAGUACUGGGACAGCAACCAGGGUAAGAACUACCGCAUCGUCUGGUCCUACAUGAAGAAAAACCGCCACUCGGACUCAUCGCAGUUCGGGAUCCACUUCGACCGGUACGGCAGCCCCACCUGUUCACACGGGCUCUUCCCUGACUGGCCGAGUUACGCCGGCUACGAGAACAUCGGGCCUUACUACUGAACAUCUGAUGUCACAGUUUUUAAAUUGCACGUUGUCUGUGAUGACCUGCUUGUUUUAAAAUGGUUUCUGUAAUGUUGGGUUGCUCCUGAAGUCCGUUUCACUGUCUGCCGGAUCACACUGCAGACCGAGCCGGACCCCGACCCGGGCAGGUGUUCAUCAUCAUCAUCAACAUCUUCAUCCCAGAUCAGAUUUUAAACCUGCUGUUGUCACAGGAUCUGUGACUAACCGACCAAACCUCCACUAAUAAGCCUUGAAGUUCUCGGGUUUUGACCUUCGGAGGGACGAGUUGAGCAAACCGGAGCUGCUAACAGGAAGUCCAGUUGUUUUUAUUCACCGGUUAAGAUCACCGAGCACCUGAGGUGUCCUGCUGCCACUUCUGCUACAGGGAACAUUUUUAAGCUAUUAACUCGUGUUUUCUCAGAAAGUUUCGUGUUCAGGAAGAACUUGGUGUCGGCCAGCGGACUGGAAGCUGAACAACAUUCCUCAAAAUGUCCUGGUUUCCUGAUCUAACGAGCCUGGAUCAGAGUAAAUUCACUUCUUUAGCUCA